AUGACCAACGCUACUUUGGUGACUGAAUUCAUCCUCAUAGGGUUCUCUGAGGUCCGUGAGCUGCAGAUACUACAUGCUCUCCUAUUCCUAUUGAUUUAUCUGGUUGCCCUGCUGGGAAAUCUGCUCAUCAUUGUCCUUACCAUCCUUGAUAAACAGCUCCAUACCCCCAUGUAUUUCUUUCUAAAGCAUUUGUCCUUUUUAGAUCUCUGCUACAUCUCUGUCACUGUUCCCAAAUUCAUCAGCAACACCCUGGCCAACAGUAACUCCAUCUCUUUCUUAGGAUGCCUCAGCCAAGUGUUUUUAGUGGUUUUCUUAGCCUGUACAGAAUUAGCCUUGCUCACUGUGAUGUCCUAUGACCGUUAUGUGGCCAUAUGUAAUCCUCUCCAUUAUGCAGUCAUCAUGAAGAGAAGGACCUGUGUAAAGAUGGCAGCUUCCUUAUGGUUCAGUGGGGGAAUUUCAGGUCUCCUGCAUACAGCUACAGGUUUCUCCUUGCCUUUCUGUGAGUCAACCAAGAUUCAUCAGUUUUUUUGUGAGAUACCACAAAUCCUCAGACUCUCCUGUUCAGACAAUUACUCAGCUGAAGUUGGAGCCCUUGCCAUCACUUCCUCUUUGAGUUUUGUCUGUUUCCUCUCCAUUUCUAUCUCAUACAUCCAUAUUUUCUCAACUGUUCUGAAGAUCCCCUCUGUGGUGGGUCGGUCCAAAGCUUUCUCUACUUGCUUGCCUCAUCUUAUUGUUGUCACUGUCUUUUUAAAUAGUGCAGCAGUUGCUUACUUAAAGCCAACCUCAACCUUUCCAUCUUCUUUGGACAUAUUGGUGUCUGUCUUCUAUACUGUCCUGCCCCCUACACUGAACCCCAUUAUCUACAGCCUGAGGAAUAAGGACAUGAAAACUGCCCUGAGGAAGUUGGUGAGGAGAUCACAUCAAUUCUCCCUUUGA